AUGCCCCCGCUGAAUCAAGGCUCGGUCCUGCAACCAGGUGGCCAGGCUGGCGAUAAGCGCCAACGGCUGUCCAACGGGUUCUCCGAACAAGUACUGGCGGAAGAAAUUGACCUGAUCAUCAACAAGGAUUUGUUCGGCAAACUGCUGAUGGAUAUAUUACUGUGGGAUCCAAUGGCGCCAGGACUGAUACUGGGACCUGGAGGGAGCUCCCAAUUUCAGGCCAUGCCCCAAUCAGGAUCCUUUUCAGAUAUGUUACAAUCCAUGAUCUCGCUGGGACUGAUAGACUUCACCGGAAUGUCGCAGGAACAGCGGAGAGACCUGAUCCUCAAAAUGUUGAACGACCCCGCUCAACGAACCAGGUUCCUGAUUAGCGUGGGAAACCAAGGUCAAACUCGGCUCAAGGAAGACAUUUUUGGCCUGCUGUCGCAACACUCAUCUAAUCUGGCUUCAGGAUUAGGUGCUAACCUCUCACCCGAUGGUCGGCGUGAUGGCGAUAAGGAUCGUUUAUCUCCUACCCUGCUGAUGCUGCUGAAUCCUCGUCGGGAAGAACCGCAGCUGCCACGCACGCUGCCUCAAUACUCGAAUCAACCUCCUCCGUCGCUGGCUUUUACUGCCCCUCUCCCUCCACCGCAAAGAGGUGGUCAACAAAACCAGCAGAUUUCUUCCGGGAUUCCUCAACAGUCUUCUGGGCAAAUGCCGGUCUCUUACCCGCAAUACCAAGGUUUUGCCAACGUCCCGGGUGCCAACAACGCCAACGAUAUUAUGUAUCGUCAAAAUCUGUUUUCGGGACUUCAGGGCCAGCAACAAUAUGGCAUGUAUGCACCUCAGCAAGCGCAGUAUUUGUCGAAACCGUCAGGCCAAGGUCAAGCCACGGCGUCGUCGCCUGAGCAACAAUCUCCUGAUCUCAAUGGUGCCAACGUUAUGAACCUCACCGCUGCACAAGCCAAGCAACUUGUGCCUGCCCAACAAUAUGUGAAACUGGAGGACGGAAGACCGCUUUUGGGAGCGACAAAGAUCGAUCAAUUAAUGUUGGUGAUUCAGGCGAGAGAAAAAGGUAUAACGAAGCCUAUUGAACAAGCCCCCGACGGUCUGAUCUUAGGCGCCCCUAAUUACUCGCUUCUGAACCUGAAGAGUGAACUUGAUAGGGACGUCUUACCUCGUCCUGUGUCGUUAGUUGGUGGGGUCGAUAAACCCAAAUCCAUGGAAGACGAGCAUGACACUAAGCGUCGCAAAAAGGGAAAACAACAACAAUGCCCGUAUUGCUUCAAGUACUUUACUCAGCUGACUCAUUUGGAAGUUCACAUUCGACUGCACAUCGGCUACAAGCCAUUCAAAUGUGACUACUGCAACAAAAAGUUUACUCAGGGAGGGAACUUGCGCACGCAUUUGAGGUUGCACACGGGUGAAAAGCCAUUUACUUGCGAUACUUGCAACCGACUGUUCAGCCGUAAGGGCAAUUUAGCUGCUCACAAAUUGACCCAUGAGAACCUCAAGCCAUUUUCGUGUAAACUUGACGGUUGCGAUAAGCUGUUUACACAAUUGGGGAACUUGAAGCUGCAUCAAAACAGAUUCCACUUGGCCACGCUCAAUGAAUUGACGCACAAGUUAGCGGAAAUGAAUGGCGAACAACUUGCGAAUCUACCCGAGGCAGAAAAAGAGAUGUUGGACUACUUUAAGAAGUUGUACAAGAACAGCAAUAAGGGGAUUCGUGGUCGUGGUAAACAAACGAAAAUUAUCACUAGCGCUGAAUCGCCAACCCAACAGCAGAUGCCUCAAUUAGCGGCUGGCUCGCUGCCCCCAGGGCACCCUCAGUAUAACCUCGAUUCCAAGCCACUUAUGGCACCAGUUGUCGGUGCACCAGUGGCACUUCCACGUCAACAAAAUUAUCAACAGCUCCCCAAUCUGAUGAAUUUUAAAAUGUCUCCUGGAUCCCAAGCACCUGGCAACAAUGCUCCCGGUUCGGGUGCGAUGGAUUGGGGAUACAGGGACCAACAAAUUAGUGGUGGUGCCAACUAUAAGCGGAUUUGA